GUGCACCCCAGUCCAGCUGUGCCUGAGCUGGGAGGGACCCACACCCUAAACCAGUGAAGCCCUGGCAUGGCUGGACACCCUGUUCUAGCUGCACCUGGAGACAGGAGGGUGCACCCCAAAGGGGCUGUACCCUGAACCAGAAGGGACCUGUGCCCUGGACCAGCCUUGCACCCCAAAACAGCUGCCCCUGGACUGGGAGGUGCCUGUCCUGGACCAGCCCUGCACCCCAAACUGGCUGCACCUUGAACCAGGAGGGACCUGCACUCCAAACCAGGUGUCUGCCCCAAACUUGUUGGCCCCUGAUCCUGCUGUGCCCUGAACCAGGAGGGACCUACACCCCAAAGAAUCUGUGCACUCUAAGCUGGAAGGGACCUGCACCCCAAAACAUCUGUGUGCCCUAAACCAGGAGGAACCUGCACCCCAAUCCUACUGUACCCUAAACCAGGACGGACUUGAACCCCGAAGCAUCCCUGUGCCCUAAACCAGGAGGGAUCUGCACCCUAAACCAUCUGCGUGCCCUGAUCUUGCUGUGCCCUAAACUGGGAGGGACCUGCACCCCAAAGCAUCCCUGCACUCUAAGCUGGAAGGGAUCUGCACCCCAAUCCUGCUGUGCCCUAAAGCAGGAGGGAUCUGCAGCCCACCCCAUCCGUGUGCUGGGUCUGGCUCUGUGGGGACACGAUGGAUGAUGCUCUGCCUGUGGAAGCGGAGCUGGAGCAGCAGUGGUUGUCCAACAGCUCCCUGAAUGAGUCCCUGUCCAACCAGUUUGUGCAGCCCCCGUGGCAGGUGGCCCUGUGGGCCGUGGCCUACGCCCUGAUCGUGGUGGUGGCGGUGGUGGGGAACGUGGUGGUGAUGUGGAUCAUCCUGGCCCACAAGCGCAUGAGGACGGUCACCAACUACUUCCUGGUGAACCUGGCGUUUGCCGAGGCCUCCAUGGCUGCCUUCAACACCGUGGUGAACUUCACCUACGCCAUCCACAACGAGUGGUACUAUGGGCUCUUCUACUGCCGCUUCCACAACUUCUUCCCCAUCGCUGCUGUCUUCGCCAGCAUCUACUCCAUGACGGCCAUUGCCCUGGACAGGUGA